UGAUAUUCCUCUGGAGGUUAUUUACUGUCUUUGUGUUUUAUCACACUUCUAAGAAUGCUGCCACAUGGGAGUGAUAUAUAUCGGCAAAUUAUUUUCAGAAACACAAGAAACUACACUUUUAAAAUACACACAGUACAUGGGCUUAUCUCAGAACUAGUUCCAUAGGAAACACAGUAAAGUCAGUGGCCGUUAGCUAGUUUAAACAAUAGGAACAGGCGUAACUGCCAGAGUUAGUUACAAUAGCAGUGUCAUGGGACUCUAUCACAAUUUCCAUCUAUUGCAGCAUGACCUGACCAGCAUGUUGGGAUAUGGGCUUUUAGGAGAGUUUGAAUCAGUCAUUGAUCGAUUUUGUGCCCCCUGUCAGAGGCACAACCAGGGAUAUUGGGAACAUUGGGUCCUACCAUACACUAACUGAAAAUAGUUGAAUACUCCUGUCAGUCACGGGCCCUUGAAUUUGUCCUACUUUCUCUUCCCUCGAGGCUCCCCUGACACCAGCUCUGCUUUAAAGCAAUUUUUUCAUGAAUAACUUUGACGUUGAUGCUGAUUUGUCUCAUAUACUGUUUUCUUAAAAUGGACAGAAGGAAAUUAAAAGAGUGUUUUUGCCUACUAUUCUGGUGGAGGUACUCAUGGUCGGUCUCUGCAUAUGGCUGUGUUUACUUUGUAUUGGUGAUUUUGAGCCUAAGUCUUGAGGAAAAUUAGCCCAUAAGGAUGUUACAUGUAUCUUAAAAGACUGGCACUCUGAUGCCUGAUGAAUUGGCAUGUCUAAACUAUCCCUGUCUUGCAUGAAACAGACAUUUAUAAAACUCUUUACACAGUGUCCUUAGAUGAAAUACAAUGAUGACCUCUAUCCUCUCAAACUUGACUUGUCGAAGUGUUUUUCUCGUAAGUGUCUGGUUGUAUACACAUGUUUAAUCUCGAAAUAAAUCAUUUGUCAUUCAACAAACUGGCUUUAUGUUGCUUUCAUUUAUUUACUUUACUUUUAGGAUACGAUGAGGCCUCUCAUAAGUGGCCCAGUAUAAGGGUAUCCAAGCAGAGGAAAAGCAUAGAACAAAGUCCUCAUGUCCCAAAAAGACAACAUUUAGUAUCUGAUUCUUGAUUAAAGUAACAUGGGGACUGUACACCACAUACAUGCAGUAUAACAUAGAUUAGUAAUCUGUCUGCUAAACAGUCAUUGUGAAACUGUCAGACCCCACAAACCUCAUUUAAUGACGGUGUCAUGAUGACUUCCUUGUAACAACAUCCUCCAAGUGAGCGUGUACCUUGACUGAACUCUGACUCAGCCUAAACUGUUUAUGACUCUCUUUAUGAGUAAGUUCUGACUGAGAAACGCCUUUACAUUACCAUCACAAAAUUUACUUGCAGCCAACAGUACACGUACUUCUAGAUGAAACUUAAACACAACAAAACUCAAAAGAUUUUUUCAAACAAGUUUAUCUAAAGCUGUUGAAACUAGGAACAAUAACCCGGUAUUUGAUAUAGCAUUUAAAAUCAUCUUUUGUGAAUGUGACUUCUUGGUAAUAUUAUCAAAGCUCCAACUUGUAUAAUUUAUCUAUGAUCUAUAAGCAGUAAACAAAUCACAGUAGGGGAGAGUGGGUAAAGAUGAGCCAUUUUUCAUAUUUCGGAUCACUCCAUAAAGUCAAUCAUAGUUUUGUCUCUAACUAGUGUAUCUGCAGAUAUUUCAAGAUGUUGUUCAUCCCUGCAAACCAACAGAAUGAGUGUAAACAGAACUGUCUUGAUAAUAUAGCAUGUUGAAAAAAGUGGUCAACUUACCCCCAUAAACUUACCCCACCGCCGAUAUGUCAAAGCUCCGCUACCCUUAUGUGCCUCCUGCUGUGCAAUGUGCACUGAGCAUCCUGAAUGUGUUACAUUUUGAGAUUAAAAACCAUAUGUGGCACCCUGAACAUCAUUCAUCAGUCAUUCAUUGGUAUUAUUUGUACGUUUGCAUUGGUAUUAUUUAUGAUAUUACCUAGGCCACCCCCUUAAAUGUGUAAAGACAUGUCAGGUGCAUUAAAUUUAUACUGUAGUAGGUGUGUGAAUGAUCAACAAUCAAUAUAGAGGGCCCCAAAAUCAAAUUUUGCUUAGGGCCCCAUUGAGGCUUGGGCCGGCUCUGUCGCUACAGAUCCCAAAUACAUUUUUUAAUAAUAGAUAAGAACACUGGUGCUUUGAUUUAAACAAUCUUACUCCAGUCAUUUGUUUAACACAUCAGUAAAUUUUCUAAUGACCACUUAAUCAGUGCUUUUUAUCCCAAACGUCCAUUAUUUUUAGCCCCUGACAAAUUUUAAGGCCCUGACCCCAAAGAAAAGCGUCGCCUUACAUUUUGAUUGACAGAAUAUUAGCCAAUAAAGAUAAUCCAUAAAUCCACACUUACCAGGAAUCCCGUCUGUCAUUGGUUAUCAGGAGCUGUCACUCACUAGCAUCAUGAUCCAUUUUCAACCAAUGGGAGGGCAGCUUUUGGCAUGGGACGCGCAACAGGCUGUGUCCCUGCUGAGUGAAGCACAACGAGCCGGAGGAAAAAACUUCCAUUUCUCGGCUCAGAAAAACAAAGAGUGCAACUUUUAUGGUUUGAGUUUUUCACUUUUUUGUUGAACUUUGGGUGGGUAUAAGAGGACGGCUGCACAUUUGUUGUUUUUUAUUCAAUAAACGGAUUUGUUCGAGGCCUUCGCAUGGAUGAGGUACGGCCUAACAGCGGUGCUCAGGCCCACGGGCUGGUGCCGCUGUUUCCCCCCGGACUGCAGGCUAUCUACGGGGAAUGCCGGCGACUCUAUCCCGAUCAGGCCAACCCGCUUCAAGUAACAGCCAUUGUGAAAUAUUGGUGCGUGUCCCGCUUUGUUUUUGUUGGUUUGGCACAUCUGCAUGCAUGAAGUUUGUGUUAAAGAACUAUAUAAAGUGAUGGUUUAGUCAACAGCAAGAUUAGCUGCUAGGCUAACAUCUCAGCUAACUUCAUACAGGGAUUUAUCUGGAACUUACUGAUAGAUUGGAAAGUAGUAAACCCCUUUAAAAGUCAUAAUAGACACAUUAAUUGUUAUUCACUGUGGUCUACAUCAAAAUAAACAGUUUUAACCUUUAUUCUGCACCGCUUUAUACAAGUUCUGACCACCUCCCAGCUGAGCUCUGGGUGUACUGAAGGCAAACACACAUCACUGACAAUAAUAGUGAUUUUUUUGACAUGCCCAUACUUGAAUUUCAUGUAUCCCGCAGGUUAGGGGGACCAGACCCGUUAGACUACAUCAGCAUGUAUAGGAGUACGGGUUGUCCAGCUCAGGACAUCCAGGAGCAUUGGCACUAUGUCAGCUUUGGACUCAGUGACCUGUAUGGGGAUAAUAGAGUUCAUGAGUAAGUACAAAGUGGUAACAACUUCACUAAAACUUUCAGAAUUCUGGUUUUGGUUUAUACAUUUACUUCAUUGACAGUUAAAAAAACCUGAGAAUUUCUGGACCAUAAGACCACUACAGCGGGGUGACGCAGCUCAAGGAAGAAUAUUUAUGAUCAUGUCUUUAUGGAAAUGCAAUCAGACCGAGAUGUUAAGGCAGAAGAACUACCACGUCUGUUGUGCAAAAUAAUUAAUAUGGUGAUUAUAACUUCAAGGAAAUGAUAAAAUAAUGACCAUAAAUGUUCUUCCUUGAGCUGCGUCACCCCGCUGUAGUCUGUAAUAGACUGGUUGAGGUCUCACUACAAACAAGCGGCUGCUGGAAGAGAGUAGGAGUUGUGUUUAGUCUCUUUGCUAAAGAAAUUAGGCAAAGUUAAAAAGAUGUUUGGUGGCUAAUACUAUGACAAGGACCCUAUAUGUCCUGUUGAUGAAGUUAGGUGCUGUUUUGAGCGUUAUUUGUGGCUAUAGAGUGGCGUUUUGGUUGGGGUUUGUUUAUGGCUCCUCAGACCGCUGUGUAUUGCUGUCACACAGUCAUUACUAAAGUUGGUAUAACUAGAGACGCAAGCAGUCAGCAACAUUCAUCUCACAACAGGGUGUCUAACUUGGUGUUACGGUGUGUUUGACCCUAACUUAAUUUUACGCGGGAAUAUUCCUUUAAUUUUCAGUUUAUUGUGCAGCCCUUUCUCACAGUACAUGAAAACAAACCCUUGAUUUGACUGAUUUAUUAAAGAAAGAAAAAACAAUUACAUUUCCAUCACCUAGUUUCUUACUGUACGUCUCCCCGUGUGUGUGUGUGUGUGUGUGUGUGUGUGUGUGUGUGUGUGUGUGUCAGAUUCACAGGUGCUGAUGGACCCAGUGGCUUCGGCUUUGAGCUCACCUUUAGACUUAAAAGAGAGAUCGGUGAAACGGCACCGCCAACCUGGCCGGCUGAACUCAUGCAAGGCUUGGCUCGCUAUGUGUUCCAGUCAGGUAAGAGGAAAAGACGUCACUGGAAGAAAGUGGUAUUUUUAUGUUUUUACCUUUGAAUAGAGAACUUAACACAAUAAAAAAAAACCUCACUGUCAGUCAAUCUCCUACUCUGCUGUAAAAAUAGAAAUAGAUGCAAACGCACAUACUUUUUCAUAUUUACAUUCCAACUGUUACUUGAUGUAUAUGUGCCAAUAGUCAUUUUCUUUUCCAAUCAGUCACAUUGUGCAUGUAGUUUAGUUAAUAAUAUAUUGGCAAGAGCUUUGAUUGAACUCCUCUCUCUUGGCUGCAGUUCCUGUGCUACCUUGUGAGAUCUUGUAAAAACGUGAACACUGUGCCCUUUGUGAAGGUAGCUUUAUAUUUCACUCAUCUGGUUAAACAUGCCGCGUAGAGGAGUCGCUUCAGGCAGCAGUUUUCUGUUAAGCAUACAUUAUUUGUGUUUGUUGGAGCCCCGGGUAUUGACAGGAAGUCUGAUUUCCCGUUUUUUACCCUUUGCAGUUGUGAAAACAAUCUAUUCAAACGGUAAACAGGACCGUUGUUGUCGUGUCUUAGUGUUUGCUCUGUGUGUGUCGGGUGUAUUCUUUGGUGCUAGGUUAUUUAAAUCAUUCAGCCGUGUGUACAAAGUGCAUAAGAAAGUGUGGUUGAGAAAGGAGGGGGGCAUUUAAAAGCCACGAGGAAAGAGAAGAAGGCUUUCCUUUCCUCCCCUCCUCACCAUCCAGCCCUUCUCUGCUAUCCAGCUGGGGUCAAUUUGCGCGUGGGUGGGCUGGGCUCCCAAACAGAGUUGAUGCUGAUUCUUGGCUAUCCCCCCCCUUUGCUUUUCUCCUGCAGCAAAUCUGGACUCGAUACAUUACCUCCCAAGCAGUCGCAUUCCUUAGAUGGAAAUGUAGUAUUUAUGUUUUUCAUGACACAUUUUUGUCUCGCUUUUCUCAUGAACUCAGUCAGUGUUGCGGAUUGUUUCCCCUCCUUUCCUCUCGAUGCAACUUUUCUCCAGAAUUUCUCUGCUCCCAGAACAAUGGAAAGUUGGAUUGCCUCCCUCUGGUUGCUGAAAAUAUCCUCCUCUAGCUGACCCUCAUGACUGAGUGUAUUGUUGGCAUCUUUUUUUAUUGUGUCCUCUUUGUUCUCUCAUACAGAAAAUACAUUUUGCAGUGGCGACCAUGUAUCGUGGCACAGUCCGCUGGACAACAGUGAAUCCCGUAUCCAGCAUAUGUUGCUAACAGAGGACCCACAGAUGCAGCCAGUCCAGACACCGUUCGGUACCGUGAGCUUCCUCCAGGUGAGUUCAUGUGUAGAAUGUAAGGAGAUCAGGUGUUUGUAUCAAUAAAAUCACAAGAUCACAAUUAUUGCCAGUGCUAAUUAGCUGACAAAACAUGUCUAAGAGCUGAGUGACCUAUAUCAUAAUAAAAGACAAAUACAAAGUGAGGUCUUCUUGUAUUUCAUAUUAGUGCCAAAAGACUGUAUAAUAAGUCACGCUUGUAACUGUGCUGAGAUAAAACGUCCAUUUAGAUAAUGAACUUUUUAAUACCACACUGUAAAAAUACUGCAGUAAAAAUCUUUUUUCCACCUUAUAAUCAUCAAAAUGCUGUAAAAUGGCUGAAAGAUAUAAUGCCGAUAUUACUUUGUCCUUGUUGUUGUCUGAAGAACUCUGAGAAUCGUCAAUAAGGUAGGAUAUUGUGAACCAACUAACAAUUUUGUUAUUUUUUAAUAAAGCAUUAAAGCUGAGAGAUAUUGUUGAUAUUGAAGUAUUAGAGAUUCUUUACAAAGUUAAAAACAAUAUAAUUUCAAAAAAUAUUCAGAACUUCGUUAAACUAAGAGUUAGGGUAAGAACAAAUGUUAAAUCCAGAUGUGUUUCUUCUAUCGGUGUAAAGUUAUGGAAUGGACUUGAUGAAGAAUAUAAAUUAUGUACAUCCUUGUCAACAUUUAAAACAUGUCUCAAACAGAAAAGGAUCAGUAAUGAUCAAAACCAUAACUUUUGUCUAUAUUAGGUUUGAUUGCAUACGAAACUGUAAAACAUUACUUGUUGGUGUGAAAAGGAUAGGCAACAUAUAAACAUUGCUUGAGCCUAUUCCUUUUUUGGUUUUACUUCAAAUCAAAAAAUAAAACCAUAUCUAUCUAAAAUAUAGUACCAACACAUGACGAACAACAUUGAUGACUUUAAAUAAAUGUUUUCUUGGAUAAUUGUAAACAAAAUAAAAACUCAGCUCUGUGAAAUACUGCCACAAGGUACUUUUGUAUUUCUAUCCAGCUUAUUACCACAUUAUUAUUAAACUUCAAACAUCAUAACGUGAUUUAUUUAAAAUGCUAGUGAGUUACCUUCUUGAUGGUGUUACCAGCCCUCUGAGGGACGAAGCUGAUAUGAUGCUGAUUAUGCCAACAUGCCAUUUGUCUGCAAUUUGUCAUCAAUCGAUCAAUCUCUAAUGAUGAUAAUAGUGUUAUUAUCAAUAGGUAAAGACUUGUCCCUAAAAUUAAUAUAUAAUCAUGACAAAUAAAAACAAUUUUAAUGUUGAUUGAAAUCAUUGUUUUGGCUGUAAUCAUGCAGCCUCGGUUCACUUGGAGUCAGUAAUUUAUCAACAGGCACUUUUGGAGACUUUUUUUAUCUUUAUUUAAACCCACUUCAGAGACAGAAGAAUUUCAACUGAGGAUUUCAACAGAAAAAGAAGUUUAGCUUGAGGAGAGAUGAUGAUGAUGAGCCCUGCAGUUUCAUAUCACUGAUGAUAGUGAGCGUAUAAAAACAUUAUGCACUCUUCUUUGAACUGAUUUUGCUCAUUAAAUAAACGAGUAGAUCUGGCACUUCUGGUCCUUGUCUUCAGUAACAAAAAGAGCAACAGCUAUAAGAGAUGCACAGCUGUGAGACCAAACCUGCUCAUGUGCUGCACUGUCUCCUUCAGAUUGUAGGUGUGUGUACUGAAGAGCUACAGGCAGCUCAACAGUGGAACGGCCAGGGCAUCCUGGAGCUGAUGCGUGGAGUCAAAGUGUAAGUACACACUUGGCUUCAGUACUGUUCUUAUUAAAAUGUCUCAUUAUAUAGUGAGGUCAAAGUUCAGCAGCUCCUCAUUGCAAAUGUAAAACGCACUGUUAAUGAAUUUAGUGGCUUUUAGUUGCUGUAACUCUUGUGCAGAAAGUUUGCAGAUGAGCUUUUUUUUUCCAAAUUGAGACCAGGUCUGUUUCCAUUGAUACCUGAUCAAAUAAAGAUGACUUCAUGGUUUGCGGGGGUGCAGUGUUUAUUUUUCAGUCUAUGUGUUGUGUAGCAGCUGAUAAGAACCGUAGUUAAUUAUUUAUAUAUUUGAUCAGCGUGUUUAACUGAAGUUUGAUUUUGUGGGGGGGCUAAUGCUGUUGUUUUCUGUGCGCAGAGCUGGCGGCCCCUGGCUAAUCACAGACAUGAGGAGAGGGGAGACCAUUUUUGACAUUGAUCCACACCUACAAGUAAGGCUUUAUUAAGUUCUGCACAGCUGAGCACCUUCCUUUGUUUACAGUCCUUGACAUUAACAGCUGUGAGCUUUUGUGCCUUUUGUGUUCUGUGGCUGCAGACAUAUUCAGCAUUAUUGAACAAAUGAUUUAUACGUUCGUCCAAUAUCAUUUUUAAAAGGGGUUUGGUGAGCUGUUUUGACUGUAAAGGUAGUCAGUAGCAGUGUUGGGCUGAACUAGCAAGAGUUAAGCAGGGAUGAGCUGAGUCAACCUGAUUUUCCACAUAUUAAACAUAUAAAAAGAUUAAAGGAGGUGAUUAUAUUAACUUAGCACCCCCUGUUGGCUCAUAAAUCCUCUUUCCUCCAUCAGAAAAUGUAAAACACAUGUGGGUUUUAUGUGAACUAGUGUUAAUGAUUGCGUAUAUUUCUUGCUCAUCCAAGCAGGAGAGAGUGGACCAGGGGAUCGAGACAGAGGGCUCCAACCUGAGUGGGGUCAGCGCCAAGUGCGUGUGGGAUGAUCUCAGCAGACCGCCAGAGGACGAAGAGGACAGCCGAUCCAUCUGCAUAGGAUCACAGCCGCGGAGGCUCUCAGACAAAGGUACACCGAGUCCAGAGUGGAUCUUUAAAUAAAGUCUGAGCAGAUCCAAGAAUGCUUAACCAAUCUGUACGGAGGAGUUCUGGUUUCAUGCUGUCAGCGGUGCAUGAUGGGAUAAUUCCAAGCUGAUCUUUGUCUGUGUGUUGACAGACACAGAGCAGAUCAGGGAGACUCUGAGAAAAGGACUGGAGUUUAACAGCAAGGCAGCACUACCACCCAUCAACAGCCAGAGACAGAGCCAUGAGAGACCUCAGUGAGUGUUCCUCCCACACGCCAGCACACACACUUUUAACACAGGCCCAGCGCAGCACAAGGUUUUCACGAGGAUAACUCCCUCCAACAUGUGCGGUGACUCACUGUGAAACCGACAUCUGAACCGUUAUCACUAUUGUGUCAUAGCUACCAGCAUGAAACAGAGGUGCGUCAGUGGGUCGUAGUCGUUUCUGUAGAAGUUGCCGCGGCCUCCGCUGGGUCGUGUAACAGUAGCGAUGAGGAAUCUGGGUACUUUUGGGGGCUGAGUGUUUCCUUUACAUGACUGUCUUUGUCAUAUAUGCACAGCUAUUGUCUUACUAGUAACAUGUGGAUGUCACAAGCAAGGUUAUAAUAGUUUUGGAUUUUUCAUUAUAGUUUAGUUUUAGUUAGUUUUGACAUUUUUUUUCUCAUUAUAGUUUAUUAUCAAUAGGUUUUGACAUUUUUUUUCCAUUACAGUUUAGUUUUAAUUAGUUUUAGAGCGGGCAUUCUAGUUUUAAUUUAGUUUUGAUUUUUGCGACAAGGCUUAGUUAUAGUUUAGUUUAGUUUAGACUGAACUCUCAGCUUCCUGGUUUUCAUAGGCUGUAUAAACCUCCUUAUGGGCGCUCCUCAAAUGGGCUUUUAAGUUUGUAGGAUUUUUCCCCCUUAAGAAGCGCUCCACAUAUCUCAACAGUUUUAAUUUCCGCCAGGCACUUGUAUUCGUUUGUCUCACUGUUGUACUCAAAAAAAUCCCAAUUGGGACACUGCCGCCUCCUCCCAACUUAAGCCAUUUCUUCUGAGUUAUUCCAGCAACACAAGCUCCGUCGCAGCACAGCCAGUCAGUGCAGUAAACAAGCACGUCCCAGUAUGUCAUCAUGAUGGUGCCGUACGGCGCUGACUAACUGCUGAAAACUGUGGUAAAAUUGGUUAGGAAAAGGUGUCGGAUUAAUUUAAAUCCUAAAAGCUAAUAAAUAUUGUCGAAAAUGAUAACGAAGGACAUUUUGUCUAUAAUUUUAGUUCGUUCCAGUUAGUUUUGUGAACAUGAGACACAGUUUUAGUUUACUUAUCGUUUUUCUUUUCUUUUCUAGUUUUUACUAGUUUGAGUUAACUGCAAUGUAUUUUAAAUUUUAGUUUCGUUUUAGUUAACUAUUAUAACCUUGGUCACAAUCAGGCUUAUCGCUAAGAAGUUGAACACACAGAAGCGAUUUUUCUUGGUGUAAAAACAAUAAAUAAAUAAAAAAGACGAAUAGAAAAGUGAAUGCGGCCAGAAACAGAAUUAAGUAAGGUAAAAAAAAAAAAUUUAAGUUUGUUACCUCUCUUACUUUUGUUGAUUUUACGUGAUGCCAUCUUUUCUCUUUUUUCUUUUAUCUCUUUUACCUCUAUCUCAUUUCGACUUACUGUCCUUUUAGCUUUUGUUUUACUUAUAAUGUUUUCUUUUUAACCUUUUAGGCCUUUUAUUGAUUUUAUUGUUUUUUUCCUGCUCAUUUUUUAUUCCAUUUUAUCACUACUAUUACCAUCAUUAUUAUUUUAUUAUCAUCAAUAAUAUUGUCUAUUUAUAUUUACCAUCCUGUUUCCUGCUUUCUACCGCCCUUUUUAUUACAUUUCUUUUUCUUACCUAUUUUAUGUUUUUAUUUUGGUCCUCAUGGUCUCAUUUUAUGUUGUAGAGUUCUUGUAUCGUUUGGGUUUCUUAUAACAAAUGAUAUUGGCCUUUAAUCCGGAGGCCUUGUUUUUAACUGAGCUUUUGUUUUUAUUUCCAUGUGCUGAUGUUCUGUGCUUUACGUGCUUUUGUCAAAGCACUUUGUAAACUUCUGUUUUUAAAAGUGCUAUAAAAAUAAAGUUAAUAUUAUUGUAAAUGAUACUAAAUGACUUCACAUUGGAAGUAUUUCUGUAAUUGUCCCAUACCAAUCUUUUUCCUUUUCUGUUUCUCAGGAGUCGAAAGGACAGUUUGGAAAGUGAGAGCUCAGCCGCCAUCGUCCCGCACGAGCUGGUACGAACACGACAGCUGGAGAGCGUUCAUCUCAAAUUCAACCAGGAGUCAGGCACGCUGCUGCCCCUCUGCCUGAGGUACCGCGAUAUUCCCUCUCCUGCUCCCACACAUCUGAUCCACUCCUCAGGAAUGUCCCUCCGGCAGACAGAUAAAAAAUAAUCCAAACAUUCAUGUUGGAUGGGUGUGGCAGAACGUCUUUAUAAAUCAUCAGAGCAAAAAAUGAAGAUGGCUCAAUUCUUAGAAGUUUAAAAGGUGCUUUUGGCAAGUCGCACCCAAAGUCAGGUUUUACUCCUCCUACUUUCACUUUGAUGCAACUUCAAAGUGUUGGAUAAAUAAAAAUGAGCCAGUUCUUCAUGACCCAGAGCUAUUUAAAGAGAGCAGAAUGGCUUUCAAGUCGAGAUUAAAGUUGCCUGUGACGUGAAUUAUUACCUGACUCUGAAAGAAAGGAUGUGGAUCCUGGUUUUAUAUUCCUUUCUGCGUGUAUUGUAUAGCCGCUUUUCCUGACCACUGACAAAAGUAGUCAACAUUUCUACUGCAGAGAAAUGUUAUCAUAGAUGAAUCAUUGGUGUUAAAGUUCAACUGAAGGCAUGACUCUUGCAGUACCGUCAGCCUGCUUCACGAGAAGUGCACUAAACUACAGGAAGAGGUUUGAACGGACAAAGGUUAAAACAUCGGUGUCCAAAUGAUCAUAGUUACUUUAAAUCUUUAGCUAACUUUUAGUCAGUUGAUUCUUAAUGUGUUGAACAAUUUCAUUUUCAUUUCAAGGAAGGAAGCAAACAAAAACUGAAGGCAUGGGGCCACAAAAAACCCCAAAGUUACAACAUUGUUCAUUGUUCUCACUGAUACAUCGCCACACGUCUUUUUCUAAUUCAUAUUUUAUUGUUUUUGGCGCAUUACAUUUUUUCUUUUGUUGAAAAGAUACAAAGCAAAGGUAGGGGAUGAGAGUAACACAGAUUUAUGUAAUCUCGGUCUGAGUGGAAAACAAGAACACAGGAAGUGGACGAGGGAACAUUUGUGUGAGGGUGAAGGAAGUUAAAAGAGAGAACAGCGUGUCGAGGACCUAGUUACAUGAAACCUCCACAGCGCGUGAUUUUCCUUGUGUUGCCUGUAAACUGUGAUUUCUAAUCUUAGAGAGAAGCAAAAGUUUGUGACCGUUUUCCCUUUGUGACAAAGUUUGUGACCCUUUUUACAAAACUCAAAAGUUCCCAGAUGAUGAAAAAACUUUAUAAACCAACGCCUAAGUUGCUCCUUGACUUUACAGCGAAGUCUCUACAUGCAGGUUGAAGUUAAAUUAAAUGUUUAUCUACUAAAUAUAAAGAUGUAAAAAUAAGAAACUAGGCUUUCUCCAGUCUUCUCCAUUGUAUUGACUCUCAAAAUGAUAAUACACACUUGUUCCCGUAACGCUCCGUGUGUUUUUUUUAUCUUGCGUUUCAGGGGUCGGUUGCUUCACGGGAGACACUUCACCUACAAGAGCAUCAAUGGAGACACCGCCAUUACCUUUGUGUCUACGGGAGUUGAAGGAGCGUUUGCUACUGAAGAGCAUCCAUAUGCAGCUCAUGGCCCCUGGCUUCAGGUAAACACGCAGACACACACACAUAGUUUGAGAUUCUUCUGUUAGGCUUUCAUGUUGUAUGUGCUCAGCCGACCUUCUUCUCUCCUUGUUUAGAUAUUGUUGACUGAAGAGUUUGUGGAGCAGAUGCUCGGGGAUUUACAAGAACUGAACACACGCGAGGAGGUAAAUAAAACCUGCAUUAAUUUUUCUUUUUUAACGUUUGUUCAAAUGUCUGUUUGUUUGACUUUUUUCAUCUUUACUUCCGUGUUCAGACAAAGUUACCAAAGGAGUACAGCUGGCCUGAGAAGAAGCUGAAGAUUUCUGUACUACCAGACUCUGUGUUUGAUAAUCCACUACAAUGAGGCAGAGACGCCUUCUCUGUAGAAAAGACCGACAAAGACAGCUGCAGACACGCCUCCAGAGUGGACCAUCACGGACAGGAGACCUCCCCGGACAAGCAGCGACCCUGAACUGUCAGAUAUGUUCUCCUGUGGCGGACGGCCCGAGACUGUUUCACUUCUGCAGAUGAUCUGAGAGAUGAUCUAAACACUUCUGACUGUUACUGAGUUCUCAGACUGGCUCCUCUGUUUACAACACUGCUCUGUGGUCUGAAUGCUUUCAAGGAUGCCAAAUCAGCGUGAAACCAGCCUGUCCAGAUGGUCCACCUGUAUGAGCAGCCAAAACAGGUGACACACUAGCUGAAGGGCAAAUAGGAUGUUGUCAUUCCCUCAGUAAGACCUGCCAAAGUCUGAGCCCCAAAACUACGUCACUAAUAUCCAGAAAAGAGCGUUUUAGAACAAAGUGCCCCAAAAGGUGAUUGAGCUGAUGUGUCUUAUAGCAGAUCUAUUUAUUCGAUUGGUCUUAGAAAGGACUGAAAAUUCAAGUUUUUAUCCUUUUUAUUGGUGUUUAUUUUCAGUUGGAGCUCCUGUGUUUAUUAUUGACAAAUGCUGGACAUUUUUCUUUUAUGUGUUUGUGGUCAUACCAAAGUUUUAACUGUCGGCUGUCUACCGCCAGAACUGUCUGGCAUCACAAAUGUGUCAUGGCCCUGUAACAAUGACAUGACAGGAUGAUUACUGUUCUUAACCAACCAAACGUCUGAACUCUUUUUGAAGUUAUCCUGCAGGUAUAACCUCCUCCUCUCCACUGUGCCAAGGACAUGACUCCGCUCUUGAGUAAUCAUUUCUGAAUGUGACUUUUCCCUUUUUCUCACGUACGAUCGCGAGUAUCUUUAGAGUUAUGAAAUGAAAUACAUCCAGUCAGUUGAAAACGUUCACAGACAGGACAGUUUAUCAUCCGUCUCCAGUGGCCACAUAAAUAUGAUUUUCCUUUUUUUCCAGUAGGACCUGCUCAAAAUGUGUUGGAGUAAAAUUCCUCAGUGCCUUGAGUUGAAAAGGACCACAUACUCUGUCAAUGCUGCCCACAGUUCCUCGGUGGUUAAGAGGUAUCAUUUCUAGUCAAGGCUGCUGCAUUCGCCGUCUGAUUCUGAUGUUUUCAUUCCAUUUUAACACCAAAACAGAGAACAGACUACCUUUACUAAAGUGUCUUCUUACAAAAUGUGUUCUUAAACGUUUGUGAACGUGUCUCGUUUUUGUCUUUUUUAUUCAGAGUGAAAAGUUUAGACAUUCUUUAUAUGUUUUUUUUUUUGUAAUUACUAUCUUAUUGACUGAACUGGCUGAUUGUAAUCCCAAGUGCAUUAAAGAGUGUAGGUAUUUACACAAAUAAAGCUGCAAAAUGAACCCAGGAUGACAGAGGAA